AUGAGAUUCUCCUCCAUUCUCCUGACUCUCGUUGCCCUGGUCUCAUCUGGCCUGGCAGACAAGUCGUGUACCCCAAGUUUCGACUACUGCUCCGAUGUCCUGAUCAAGUCCAAGGGCUUCACUGAAGCGGACCUGAAGUCUGUUCUGAAAGGCACUGAUUUGGAGAACGAGGAUGUGAAGAACGUUCUCUUCCACUGCACGAACCCUGGUAUCGUUGGCCACCCCAAGCUUUGCAGCAGUGGAUGCAAGGACUCGGCAACGGAGGGAAGCCACCAGUGCGAUGGGUAA